GCGCACUAGGACCCUCCGCGGUCCCACCUGCAGUUCCCGGUCUGGAAUUGGCUGGCUGCUCCCUGCGGACGCUUGGCUCCGGCUUUGGCCCUCCGCAGCACCAUGGGGCUGGCGCCGCGCACCGUGGAACUGUUCUACGACGUCCUGUCCCCCUACUCCUGGCUGGGAUUUGAGAUCCUAUGCAGGUACCGACACCUCUGGAACAUCAGGCUGCAGCUGCGUCCUACUCUCAUCGCCGGGAUCAUGAAAGACAGCGGGAACAAGCCGCCAGCCAUGGUCCCCAGGAAAGGCCAGUACAUGAGCAAAGAUAUUGCUCUCCUGAGGCAACACUUCCAGGUUCCCAUCUACGUGCCCAAGGAUUUCUUCGGUGAUAUUCUUAAGAAAGGGAGUGUAAAUGCCAUGCGCUUCCUCACGGCUGUGAGCAUGGAGCAACCAGAGAUGCUGGAGGAGGUGUCCAGACAGCUAUGGAUGCGUGGUUGGUCUCGAGAUGAAGACAUCGCAGACUCCCAGAGCAUCCUGGCUGCUGCAGAGAAGGCAGGAAUGUCCACAGAGCAAGCCCAAAGCUUUCUGGAGAAAAUGACCACAGCACAGGUGAAGGACAAGCUCAAAGAGACCACGGAGGCAGCCUGCAAUUACGGGGCCUUUGGGCUGCCCACCACUGUUGCCCACGUGGAUGGUAAAACCUACAUGUUAUUUGGCUCUGACCGCAUGGAGCUACUGGCUUACCUGCUGGGAGAGAAGUGGAUGGGCCCUGUGCCCCCAGCCCAGCGUGCCAGACUUUAAGAUCGCCUUAGGAAGUAAACUUGGGAGUCCUCUGUUUGACAGAGCUGUCUUCUGUGGCUGGCCCUAUGGGCUGAAGCAGAGGUCUGCCUCAGCUGUUCCUGCCUCUCCUUCAGUGCCUCACAAGUGUCUUUUGGAAAGCCUAAAGUCAUAAAAUAAACCUGAUGCCACCAGACAGAACA